CUUAUUUUCUUUUUUAAUAAACGUCAAAAAAUCAAAAAUUUUUCGAUUACUAUUAAUAAAUAUUAACCCAAAAUGGAAUCAACUUACAUAGUCGAAACCCAUAAUUGCCCCUUCAUCGGGAUCGAAACCGACGACGUUUACUCGUGUUUUCGAAACGAGGCGUGUUGCGAGGGCGGUUGUUGCCCAAAACCGUAUUUAACGACGUUUCGGAUGUGUUACGUCUGGUUAACGAUAGCCGCGGUGCUUUUCGUGUGCUCGGGGGGGCUAAAACUGUGCAAAUCCCGCCGGAGAUUAACCCAAAAUCGAUUUUUAAACCAAAAUAAUACUCCCAAUAACCAAGAUGUUCACGAAAUCGCCAAUUUACAACUAUAUUUAAACAACCCCCCACCCAGAUUAUCAAACUUAGACGAACAAAUUAAUUUGAGAAACCUUUUAGGAUCAACCGAUGCGUGUCACAUCGCCAUCGAUCGAUACAUCGCGUGUAGAAACGCGAGGACUCGUUUGAAUGCUUGUUCGAAUUUACCCCCACCCUAUAACUCGGUCGGUGCAAAAGAGACCAGUUGUGACCCGUUCGAUCCCCCACCACAUUACAGCACGCUCGUUUCCGAUUCGAGCGCACCAAAAACGAACGUUCCCGAAGUUCAAAAUCCCCACUCGGAAAUCCGUUCGGAAAUCGGGUUGGAACAAGUUAACCCCCACGAUUUAGAACGAGAUGGCGAUAAAAAUUGCAAUAAUAACGAAUAUGUUUAAAAAAAAUGAA